AAUGUGAAAAUCCAAUUUUCGGCUGAGUGAAAAAUAAAAGUGUGGCCACUAAAACCUGCAGAGAAGAAACAUAAAUCAAGCAAUGUUUACAGAGCUGUGAGAGGAAUGAUAGCUUUAUUUGUUUGAUAUUGCUUUUGAUUAAUUCACAUUUAUUUAUUUUUUUGCACCGAAGUCACAUAAAGAGUAAAAAUGGGGAGAAGGUCAAUCAACACCACAAAAAGUGGGAAAUUCAUGAAUCCUACUGACCAAGCCAGAAAAGAGGCCAGAAAAAAGGAAUUGAAAAAGAAUAAGAAACAGCGAAUGAUGGUGCGAACAGCUGUAUUAAAAGGAAAAGAUCCUCUGAAAUUAUUGCAAGAAAUGGAAGUCAUUGAUCUUAUGGAAUUUAACCCUAUUGAUGCACCUAAACUUAGCGAAAAAGUCCUCAAAGAUAAGAGGAAAAAACUCAAGGAAACUUUUCAAAGGGUUUUAAAACUUUAUGAAAAAGAAAAUCCAGAAUUGGCAAAAGAUUUACAGAAACAAGAGGUUGAAUAUGACAGAAAAAGAGAAAAACUUCAAGUAUAUUAUGAGCAAGUAAAGAAUGCGGAGAGAGUAAAAUUAGACCAGAUUCCUUUACCAGCAUUGCCACAGCACGACACAACUACAUCAAUGAUACCCUUACCAGGGGAUAUACCAUUACCAAUGAGCCAAGAUAAACCUCAUGGAAUACUGAAGAAAACCACAUAUGAGAAAAGUCUAUCAAAUUUUGACUUGGAAGCAGCGAGGCGACGCCCACCACCAGGCCCGCCCCCUGGCCCACCUCCUAUCUUGAGUGACAGUGAAGAUGAAGAAGAAUAUGACCCUGCUAAAGGCAUUGAAGAAAAUAUUGGUACAGUUGAUGUAGAUGUAGAACAUCCACAUGACGUUACAGAACAUCCCAUGGAAACAGAUCAUUCUUCAGCAGGAAGUAAACAGAAGAAGAUCCGAUUUAUAGACGAUGACUCGAGAAAUCCGGAGGAAGAGGAGAAGGACACCAGACUAAAAUACGCUCGACCAAAGGCAGCUGGAGUUACUCCCCUUCAGGCGAAGAUGUUAAAGUUAGCAGGCCAGCAGGCUCCAACCAAGGAGAAAAAAGAGAGAAGAAGAGAUAGUGACAAGUCAGACUCUGAUGAUGAAAAGACAGAAAAAUCACAGGAAGUUACAUCACGUUUGACUGAGGGCACCCCAGUAGAGGGGACAGACACACAGCAGGCUGGGAGAUUAGUUCCCCCUGGACCCCCACCUGGCGCACCCCCCGGUGUACCCCCCGGUGUACCUCCAGGUCCCCCUCCCGGUGUACCCCCAAUGAUGUUCAGACCUCCACCUUUGAGAAGUGGUCCCCCUGGGGCACCACCUAGAAUGUUGCCUCCUGGUCCCCCUCCUGGAAGGCCCCAGGGGCUGCCACCUGGACCCCCGCCAGGUUUACCUCCAAACUUACAGUUGCCAGGGCAAAGAAUGCCACCUGCUCCCCCAGGAGUUCCUCCUCCCAGGAUAAUGCGGCCUCCUUCCGGUCCCCCUGGAGUGUUACCCCCAGGGCUACCCCCACCUCCAGGGGUGGGGCCUAACCCUAAUGUCCUCAGUGCUCCUCCAAGCAUCAUGAAGCCUCCACGAAAGUCAGGGGAGGAAGAAAAGAAGAAUAUGGCCACCAUAGAGGCCAAACCACAGAUCAAGAACUUGAUGGGUGAUGUUACCAGAUUCAUGCCUACAGCUCUGAAGGUGAAGAGAGAAGGAAAGGAUUCCAAGGGCAGAAUAAGAACCCACACCAAAGAGGAGGAGAGGCGGCCAUUAAGUAUGUCCCAGAUGGCAGCACCAGCCGUUACGACAGCACCAACAAAAACGAAGGACGAUGCAUAUGAUCAGUUCAUGAAGGAAAUGUCUGAUUUACUGUGAUACAACCAAGGUCAAGAACAAGUUCCCUCCCUUGGCGGUGUUGGUAGUUUCGUCCAAACAGUAGUUAUGGCUGAUUCAUUAUGUCUGGAAGUUUGAAUUUGUUAGUAAUGGAGGACUUAACCCCAGAGACUACACCUAGAGGGAUAAACCCAGCUCUCUAAAAUGCCAUAUUUCAUUCGUCAUAUUUACUUUGGAACACAUUUUACAAAAUAAGGAAGUUCUGUAACUUUUAAUACGAGUAAUAACAAUACCACUACUUGUGGGAUACUGUGAACUUUCAUCAAUACACUUAUACAUUCUCAUUUUUUAAGAUUUGAAGAUCAUGUGUAAAUUUAAUGAGAUUUGUGUCAUGUCAUAUAAGGUUUUAAAUCUUUGAUUAAAAGAGUGUAUCGGUUU